CUCAUCCCUUGCAUCGGAUGCGUUCGCGUGUAAGAGGACCGUGACGUGAUUGUUUUCCCUCCCAUAUCCUCAGUUACAUCUCAUAGUAUAACGGAAUUAGAAAACAUCACUCUUUGCAAGUGUAUCGCUCAUUGAAUGGGAAGCUGCUUAUUAGAUGUGAGUUGACGCUUGUAAAGGCAUCAGAUUCGUAUGCGAAGGCGCGAGGAGGGUUUUUGCGUAAUAUUAAAGUUUGACGUAGGUAAUCCGAACAAACUCCAAUCUCAAUGGCAGAAAACAAUUUCCCCCCUCUUCCACGGUUCAUUCCUCUGAAGCCAUGCUUUUACCAAGACUUCAAUGAGAUUCCAGACCAAUUUCGGACAACGUGUAAACGGAUGUAUUACCUAUGGAUCUUACACAGUGCUACCCUAGCAGUGAACCUGAUUGGGUGUCUGGCAUGGAUGUGCGGUGGGGGCGGGGCAACCAAUUUUGGAAUGUCCAUUCUGUGGCUGAUACUGUUCACCCCAUGCUCAUACGUGUGCUGGUUUAGGCCCAUCUACAAGGCCUUCAAGACAGACAGCUCUUUCAACUUUAUGGCAUUUUUCUUCGUAUUCAUGGCGCAGGUGGUGAUCAGUAUCAUACAGGCAGUUGGAAUCCCAGGAUGGGGAGUGUGUGGCUGGUUGGCAACGAUUACUUUUUUCAGCACUAAUAUCGGCUCUGCUGUUGUUAUGCUGAUUCCCACCAUUAUGUUCACUGCUGUGGCUGUUCUCUCAUUCAUUGCCCUCACCAAGGUUCACAACUUCUACCGUGGCAGUGGGGGCAGCAUGAGCAAGGCUCAAGAAGAAUGGACCACCGGUGCUUGGAAGAACCCUCAUGUCCAGCAGGCAGCACAACAGGCAGCAAUGGGGGCUGCACAGGGGGCCGUGCAGGGCCAACAGUACUCCGCUGCCCCAACCUACAACUACGACGAGCCAAUGUAGUUCCUUUUCACCCACAGUGGGGGGAGGGGACAAUAACAGGAUAUUUGGGAGGGCGUUACAGAGGGAUAAUGUUAAUGACUGCUUGAAAUUGGGGGAGAGAGAAAGGCAAGACAUCUGUGAUCAAUCAGAAUUCAAACAGUUUCUCACUAAUUCAACAAUGCAUAAACAUUGAGUUAAGAGUGUGCGAUAGUUUAAGAAGUUGCUUUUUUGUAUUUAGACCCCCACCAUCAAAAGGAAAGUAUCAGUCUUACUGUGAGGUAUUAAGGCAGAUUUAAUUAAUGGCUAUGUAUUGUUUCUCCAGUUAUCGUAUUUUAAACGUGGCUGAACUUGAGUACCAAUAAGGAAACAUUCCAAUGCUCACUGUGUUUCUAUAGUAACUAGAUUCUCAGUUGGUUUUCAGAUUCAUCUGUGUGAUAUUUGCAAGCCAGUUAUAUAUUUGAGUUGGGUUUUAGUAUUCAAGAACACAUUUCAACAACUUAACAAAUGCAUCUUUACUCUCAUUUCUUAUGAAUAAAUGUAUGUUUAAUGCACAGAGAGGGGAGAAAAGACCAGCACUUGAAAAUAAAUUGACUGGUAAUUACUUGAUCUUGCUAUUGAAAAAGUAUAACGCUUAUAAAGAUUGCAUCUUUUAGUUGUUUUGAGCACUUUACAAUAAGUGCAAGUACAAAGGUCUUACAAAGUUUUGUUUUCGUUAAUUAACUCUUACCACAUUUCUUCAAUUUCCAUUAAGGUACUGGGUAAGCCAUAUGUUUACGUUGUUUUUAGUUGUGUUUGGAUUGUGUUAAAGUUGUGUUGUGUUAAAUGUCAAUUUUUUUUUUUUUUUUUUGUUACCUCAGGAUUUAAUUGUGUUAUUUUGCUGCUGACGUAUUUUAGCAGAGGUUCGGCUAACGAAAUGGGUUGGACGAAAUAUUUGUACAUGUACAUGUUGUACGUUUGUACAUUAGUUUAAUUUAAACGCACUUGAAUAUAGAGUAAAUAUGUAAUCUGCUCUUAGCCACAGGCCUGUUAUAUAUUUCAAUCCAUUACAAUCCCACUUUUAGUGUUGAUUUCAUUGUUAUCACUGAAAUUGUAACUGUUUUGCAAAUAAUCUGAGAUGCUUUACUGAAUUUGGUCAUUUCUGUAAAUAUCAAAAUGUAUCUUCUAUGUGUUUUAUUCUUCACUGAGCAAGGGGUUAACACCCAGAAGUAAAGCACACUAUUAAGUAAUUUUGCCUCAAGUACAAUAUAUAUGGGUCAUAAUAAUGAUUAAUUACUCUGAUAGGUUAAAUAUUGGAGGAAUUUGUAUCUCCCCAAAGUCACUUCCAUUGAUGAUGAUCCCCCCCCCCCCCCCCACCAGAAAUAUUGCUACAUGAAAUUCCUGAAUUACAAAAAUGUAGCGAUUAUUUAAAGAAUAGGUCACCCAAAAAUUAAAAUUCUCUCAUAAUUUACUCACCCUCAUGCCAUCCCAGAUGUGUUGGACUUUCUCUCUUUUGCAGAAUGAAGAUUU